AAUAAUAUAAAAGUAAUUAAAAAAAAAAAAAAAAAAUGAAAGGAAAAUCAUGUGCCCAAAUUGAUAAAUACUAGUUAGGAAAAACAUUAGGAUCAGGUUAUCAUGCGAAAGUAAAAUUAGCUUAUUAUAAUAAUUAAUAACUAGCAGCUAAAAUUUUCAAGAGUACUCACAGUUUAGCUUCAAAUCUAAAGACAUUAAAACAUGAAAUAGGUAUGAUGUAAAAGAUGAAUCACCCUAACUUAGUUAAUUUAGUGGAAGUAAUAGAGAACGCGAAAUACACGAAAAAGAAUGGACAAUCAUACUAAGCAAUGUGUAUAGUAUUAGAAUACUGUUAAGGAGGUGAAUUAUUUGAAUAUGUAUCAAACUGUGGAAGUUUUAGUGAAUCAGUAUCUAGAGCAUAUUUCCAUUAAUUAAUAACUGCUUUAGAAUAUUUACAUAAUAAUGGAAUAGCUCAUCGAGAUUUGAAACCUGAGAACUUAUUAUUUGAUUAAUAGUUUAAUUUAAAAGUUGCUGAUUUUGGUUUCGCUACACUUGUAGAAGGUAAAGACGGAUCUGGUUUUUUAAAAACAGUACUUGGAACUGAAAGUUAUAUGGCUCCUGAAAUUCAUGCAAAAACUCCAUAUAUUGGAGCCGCUGUUGAUCUUUUUGCUGCUGCUAUUAUUUUAUUUAUUAUGUAUUCCGGAACUCCUCCUUUUUCCAAAGCUGAUACUAAAGAUCCUUAUUUCAAGCUUUUAUGCACUGGAAGACAUGAUACUUUUUGGUAAGCUCAUUUAAAAAAUAAAAGCUCUUAGGAAUUUUAUUCUAAAGAUUUCAUUGAUUUUAUCAAUUCUAUGCUUGCUCAUGAUGCACCUUAAAGACUAUCAAUAGCCGAAGUAAAAAGUCAUCCUUGGUAUAAUGGACCGGUUGCUCCUAUGGAAGAAAUUAGAAAAGAAUUCACCAAUAGAUAUAAAAAAGUUCAAGAAUCUUUUGAAAGAGAAAGAUUGGAAAAAUAAUAAUAGAAAGAAAGAUAAAAACAAGGGGCUGGAAAUAUGAUGUAUGUUGGCGCUCAAAAAUACAGAUCAUAAGCCGAAGUUUAAAGUGAAUUUGAAGGAUUAGAUAAGAAUUUUGAUUUUACAGUCUAAAGAUAAGUUAGAGAUGCUGAUAUGUAAGAUAAUAGACAUACUGAUUUGUAAACUAGUGUUGAUUGUGAAUAUUUAUUCAAAUAUUUGUUGAAUUAUAAUACUAAGUUUUGCCAAAAAGUAGAACCUUCAAACAAAUACCUUAAAAUUAAAUGCUUCUAGACUGAUAGUAAUGGAGAUAGUGUAGAAUUUACAGUUGAAAUAAGAAAAAGAGAUGAUGAUAUUAAUAUAUUGGACUUCUAAAAAAUAAAAGGUGAUUCUAUGUAAUACUUCAAAGUUACAAAUUAAAUAAAAGAAAUGAUAUAAUAAAUUUGAUAAAAAAAAAAUAUUAUUAUUAUUAUUAUUAUUAUUAUUAUUAUUAUUAUUAUUAUUAUUAUUAUUUUUUAUUUCUAAUUUUUACGGAAUUUUUAAUAUAUUGUCUAUUUU